AUGCUUCCUCAAUCGGUUUUUCGAGCGCGGCUAUCUGCCUCAAUCUCUCUCUACUCAACUGGCACAUAUCGUCUCUUCUCGUCAACUUCGGCAAUCCCUAACAACCAAAGCCUCCCCAAUUCGGCAUCAAAACCGAUCGAUCCACGAUGGCUCACAAUGACCAAGCGAAGGAUUGGGAAGUGCAUGAUGUUUGGGCUGAAGCCACCUCAAGUUGAGGAAGGGGGAAAGAUUUUACAGCAAUUGGCCAAGGAAUGGCGGGAAUUGAUCGCUGGAAGUGAGGGAUUCCUCACGGAUAGGAAACGGCGUAGUCACGUCAACAAUGUUACCUAUGUUCGAUACGCCGAAACAGCUCGAGUAAACUGGACGCGUAAUAUCGGCAAGCAUAUCGAUCCCGCAAAUAAGAAAGAAUGGUCAAACAUGGUUGGUAAUACGGGGAUUGGGCUCAUCCUGAAGAGUAUCAAGGUGGACUUUAAAUUCCCCAUGGAAUCUCCAGACAAGAUUUCCGUCUAUCACAAGCUGAUUCCAGACCCAUCUGGACAUCUUUUAUCCCAAUCGGCAUUCCGACUCGAGGUGAUGAUCUUGUCUGAAGCCCGCCAACGCCCUGCUGCUCGUUGCUUCGAGGAUAAUGUGAUCUACGAUUACAAGAAGAACCGUAAGACCGUGAAAAUUCCACCCUUUAUCAUGGAGCAAUUUGAAGCAAUCUGGAAGCAGCAGGAGCAGGAAAAGGAGGUCUGGAGGCAGCACAUUGCUGAAAUUGAAAAUCGGGUCCGGAACCUUGAGCUUGAAAGCUGGGAUCGGGCCGAUGCUGUGGAGGACAAUGGAUCUGCCCCACAGUGA